AUGCUGUCUCAACGGAUCUUGGCCCGGCGCCUGCCCCAGGUUGCCGCCCGAGCAAUUGCUCCCCGUGCAUCCUUCUCCCAAAUGCCAGCCCUCCGUGCUGCCUCGGUUGAGGAUCCUCUGCAGAACAACAACUACCCCAACCCUCCCCGAGUCAAGCGAGCAUUCAGAGACCCUCACGGCGGCUGGUGGGAUGCGCAAGAGAAGCGCAACUUCGGCGAGCCUGUGCACGAGGAUAACGAAAUCCUCGGUGUGUUCAGUCCCGAGCAAUAUACCCACGUCUCGCCCAGCAAGGGUUUCUUCCACCUGGGAUGCUUCGUUGCUGCUUUCCUGGGCCUGGUCGGCGUUGUCAGUCUGAACUACCCUGACAAGCCCAGUGCUCCUAAGACUUACGUCGAUGGCCUGGAGAAGGAGUUGGGAGGUCCCAAUGCUUUGCCGGCUCGCAAGUCCGGUGAGGACAAGUGGUGA